UGGCAGUCACCUGUCCUCUCAACCCCGUUCUCCCUCAAUCUCUGUCGCUCGCCACCAUGUCCUCUCAGGUGUUGGCCCGGUCUGGCCUGAACAGCUCGUUUCUGCUCCACCCAGCUCCUUCAGGCCUCCCUACAGAGCGCCCUUCGCCAAGGAAUCGCCACCUGGCUGGAUAUGGAGCUGGACAGGUGUCGUUGCCAGGGUUGAGGUGCGGUUACGGCCCAGGCAAAUGUACGUCAUUCAGGCGGCCAGUUGUGUCCUCCCCAGGACGAAGCAGGGAACGCUUCACCUUCACAUGCGCCCAAGCAAAGAACUCUCCUCCUUCGGAUGCCAAUCCGAUAGCCACGGCGGUGUUGAACAGCAAGGCCCCAUCAGAAAACGGCAGCAGUAGUAGCCAAAACUCGGGCGCGGGGGGGGGUGGUACACAUGAAAGGAAGGGCGUUGACGAGGGCGACGGUGAUGAGGGGGAGUUUGGGUCAGUGCCAGAUCUGAUCCCCGAUGCCGCCAAGGACGUGGAUUCCUUCCUGCCGGAAUGGGCGCGGCUCAACAAGGAUGACGUCAUCACCGUGGGGGUCACCUUCGCAGUCUCUCUCAUCUUUCGAACGUUCAUUGCCGAACCUCGGUACAUUCCUUCCCUGUCCAUGUUCCCAACGUUCGACAUCGGUGACCGGAUCAUUACGGAACGGAUAUCAUACUAUUUGCAUGACCCCCAAGUCGGGGACAUUGUAACCUUCAAAGCCCCUCCACAGCUGGUGGCCCGGGGUUACCAGGACGGGGAGGUGUUCGUCAAACGAGUUGUCGCAACCGGGGGGGACGUAGUUGAGGUUCAUGACGGCACCUUGAUUGUGAACGGGCGGCAACGAAAUAGCGAGACAUAUAUCGCCGAGAAGCCGUUCUACGACCUGCCGCCCGUGAGGGUUCCGGAGGAUGACGUUUUCGUCAUGGGGGACAACCGGAACAACAGCUACGAUUCGCAUUUAUGGGGUCCUUUACCUAAAAAGAACAUAGUCGGGAAGUAUUUCUUUAGAUACUGGCCUCCUACUAAGAUUAACGCCAACGGCAAUGCUGUAGCCCCGCCUCUCCUCGACAGUCGGUAACGACCAUUGUUUGAGUUUUACCCUUGAUUAUACCAAAAGUUUGAGAGCACAGUAAUAACAAUUGACUGGAAUCAGGUUUCACGAGUUCUUAACUCGAUCAUUUUUGAGGUGAGGGCUUUUAGGUAAAAGACAUGGACUUUGGGGUUUGAGCUCCGGCGCGUGUCUUAGUCUCUUCGUAAGGCCAUUCAAGAUGCACAUUCAUGGGCC